CUUUUUUUUACAAUUACAAAACCAUGGCUUCUUCUUCUCUCUAGAGCUUCUCUCUCCAUAAAAAAUGGCCUGCAUGAAUUCCAUCCCAAUAAUCCUACUUGCUUAUGCAUUUCUCUUCAUCUUCAUUGCUUAUGGUGAAAAAUGAAGAAAUUGGUGCAAGGAUGAUGAGGGGUGUAAUAGGAUCAAGGCCACCAAGAUGUGAAAACAGAUGCAGGAAUUGUGGGAAGUGUGAGGCAGUGCAAGUUCCAAUUGCUCCAGCUAAGAAAUUCUUGGAUUCACAAAUAUUUGGGAAAAUUGCAGCAAAUACAGUUGAAUAUUCAAGGGGGGAUGGUGUCUCAGGAUACAAGCCAAUGUGUUGGAAGUGUAAAUGUGGGAAUUUCAUCUUUAACCCUUAGGUUUUUUUCUCAUACCACAUUAAAUAUUGAUUUUUUUUGCCAUGAUAAUUUCUUUUCUGUUCACCCUGUGAAGUGUAAUCCUUGUGUACAGAGGGAAUGUUGUGUUUUGGUUUGGUGAUAAGUGAAAUUUUUUGUAUGCUAUUUAUAA